CCUCACCCCCUCCUUUGCGCCCCAUUUCAAAUUCGCAACAGCAGAAAUCGUGUACCUUUCUAGCGACCGAAUGAGUACCUUCCGCCGGAUUCCGCGAUAGGUGCUAGCCGAGAAUCUCAACCUGUGCAAACCCCUUGCUUCGUGCGGGUAUUGCCGCCUACUCCUAGCAGCUGGUGCAUGUUAGAGCGAACCCUGAACAUGUCGAACGUGCUGUCUCGUCAAGUGCCCUAUCAAUAUUUUACAAUCGCGUGUGCUUGACGUUCGGACCUGGAUUUAUUCGAGCUCUGAAAGCCUCGGGCUAAAUGCGAUACAUAGAAUGCAGAGUGGAUGUUACCUUCAACUGAACCCGAAAACCCUCAGUCAACCUAAUAUAGGGGUGCUUAUGCACGACGUACACCAUGGCCUCGCAGUUCAACUCUUCAAGUUCACGCCCACAAUUUACGAACCCCUGGACAGAUUCUCCAUCAAAAAUUAUAGAACAAUCCGAUCAUUCUCCCGAUAGUCGGAUUGCACAUACUUUGACUGCUUGUACGCGGUGCAGACAGCGCAAGUCUAGGUGCGAUCCCGGAAUCCCACGAUGCUCUCCAUGCGAACGCAGUAACGCCAAGUGUGUCUACUACGACUCGGCUCGUAAAAGCACGAUCUCAAGGAACUAUAUCGUUUUGCUCCGGGAGAGAGCUCGCAUGCUAGAGAAAGAGCUUGCUGAAGUGGAGAAAGAGUUCCAACAUGCAGCGGAUGCCGAACUCAUGGUGCGUGGGGCAGGCCGCAUUCGGUUCAAAGAGAAUGAUGAGUCGAGAUAUCUGGGGCCAUCUAGCGGUAUUGCGAUCACGCGCCUCGUCAUGGAAAUGGCCAAGCAAAACACAGAUUCCAAAAGCAUCAAAGACGUCGUUCCUGAAUUGACGGCGCAGGAGAUUAAGGAUGCUUUUGCACAAGAAAGCUCCAAGCCAACAUCCAAAGUGUAUCCCAUGAUCAGCUCGACACCUCAACCCAAUCUACCUCCGAAACACAUGACUUAUAAACUCAUUGAUGUAUUUGUCGUCAAGGCCCAGGCAAUGCUUCCGACAUUACACGAACCCACGUUCCGCCAAGAAGCCGAAGAGGUGCUUAAUGGGUCUGAUGAUCCCUGUCAUAACUUCCAGCUACGGAUGGUAAUAGCCAUCAGCAUGCAGAAGAUGAGCACUGUUUAUGCAGGCCUGGCGGACAGCUAUUAUCUUGCGGCGCUACCAUUCCUAGAAGCGUCUUUAAAACGAAUGGACCUUAGAUCCUUACAAUGCCUUGCUCUGAUAGCUCAAUACUCAAUGCUUACCCCCACGAGAACAGCUGCAUAUUGGGUGGUUGGAAUGGCAGUCAAGUUAUGUCAGGAUUUAGGGCUUACUGAUGAGUCGACUAUUACGCGGUCUCCCAGCGGCCAGCUUUUGGAUCCUUUGGAGAUCGAUAUGCGGAGGCGGCUUUUCUGGAUUGUCAUUUCCAUGGAGUACGGCCUUUCCCAUAGCCUCGGUCGCCCGAACUGUUAUUCAGUCUGUCACGACCACAUCAACGUCGAGUUUUUCAACCCCGUGGAAGAUAGAUUCAUCACCCGUGAUGGCAUCCUCCCAGGAGCGAAGAUAAUACUACCUAAGUGCAUAGCAAUCCACUUUUUGAGGAUGCGACUCCUUCAGGCAGAGAUUCGACGGACACUUUAUCUGAAUAAGCGCGAUGUACCUGUGGAUGACCAAGACCCAUGGUUUUCGCAGAUGCUUGAGAAAAUGGAUAAAUGGGUAGCCUCUUGCCCUAAAAACGAUGGCGGCAGUGGCCUGAGCGAAAAAUGGUUCCAUGGAAGACGCAACACGAUGAUAGUUUUCAUGUUCCGACCUUCCCCCCAGGUGCCCGAGCCUUCUGUCGAUGCUGCACGAAAAUGCUAUGAUGCGUCCGUCUUCAACGUAGCAAUGCAAAGGGAACAAAUUGCGACAGGAUCUGUCGACCUGACCUGGAUCUUCACGCAGAGUCUUUUCAUGGCUUUGAACACUAUCCUUUGGUCCCUCUCUUAUCCUGACAUUCGAAAGGAACACCCUAUUGACGAAGUUAAACGCCAUCUUGGCGUGGCACUGGAUGCCAUUGUGCUUGCUGCACAGAGAUGGCCCGGUGUUGAAUCGGCCUUGGUCCUUUACAGAAGUCUAGUUGCUGCUUGCCUCCGAGCUUAUGCUACUGAAGAAUCUUUUGUCGUCCAUUCGCCGUCCAAUCAUGCAACUCCAUCGUCAUCUCAAGAUGUUACAACUCCGCUGUCCGUUGCUAGCCCUGCAAGUACUUCAGCCUCCUUCCAUUCACAGAGCGCCCGGGCUGCAAACUCGUCGAUUCCCGAUAGUAGCACAUCGGCUGGCACAUUCUCAAGGGGACCUUCGGCGGACCCAUCAUUUUCUUUCUCUCAGGGAUCCACCUCCUCAGCCGUUGCAACUGAAUCACUGAAGGCCGCGCAGCACCCAUCAUGGGAUGCCCAACUCACUCCGCAAUCCAUGUCGACCACCACACAGCCAUCUUUCAGCUCCCCAACUUACGAUUUACCCGCACCCUCCUACACCGACUUGCCGUUCGACCCAACCACCCCAUACAAUCAAUUUCCUUCCAUCGUCCCUGGCUUGCCAGGCUGGGACCCCAAUUUCAGCCCGGCCUCCACCAUGGCUAGUCAGCUCGCGUAUGUCGGUGCAGCUGUUGAUCCCAUGGGCUGGAUCGACACGAUAGGGGAUCAAUAUUCCCAAUACACAAACGGCGCAUACCCGAUGCCGCCGUGGCGGGGAAGAACGCUCAGCCACCAAGAGCAGAUGGAGCUGAUGGAGACAUUGGAAGACAAUAUUCCUGAUGUCUCCGCACAGCUCCUCGUGCAAGAGUCCGCGACAUUUUACCAGUCGUGAUAGGUCAGUCGUCAAAGCUCCUCCCCGGGGAGCUCGUUAUGAUUCAGUAAGAUUCAGCGUGUUUGUUGCGUAUUACCAUGCGAGGAUUAUUGUCGCUCUGGUGUGCUUUUUCCUUUUUUGCGUUAUCAUAUCUAUUCUGGAUGCAUGGAUCUCAAUAUACCCAAGGGUCAUGUGGUGGGAAGUUGAUGAGCUUCGUCGGGGUGUUUGGUCAUUUCCGAUCGCUACGUUCAGGAUAAAAGGGACAAUGGUUUCGGCAGGGGGAUAAAAUAAAAUUAGUCUCACAAGUUAUUGAGCGCACAGUGGCGACUCGAGAGCCGCCAUACACACACAU